AUGGAGAGGCUUCUGCAGAGCUGCAGGAUCCAAAGUCAGCUGGUCCGGGAAUGUCUGGCAGAGUUCCUUGGACUGUACAUCGCAGUUUUAAUCGGAUCUGGAGCGGCAGCCCAGGUCAUCACCUCCCAGGGGACCCAUGGAAGCUACCUCACCAUGCAGCUUGGUUCUGCCCUGGGAACAGUGUUUGGCAUAUUUGUCACUCGUGGAGUUUCGGGUGCUCAGCUCAACGUUGUCUGGUCCAUGAGCCUGUGGCUCUUGGGUCGACAACCAUGGAGGAAGGUGCCCUUAUAUGCUCUUUCCCACCUCCUAGGAGCAUUUCUGGGCGCAGCAACAGUUUACCUCCAGUACUACGAUGCCAUCCAGGUGUUCAGCGGAGGUCACCUGUCAGUGGCAGGCCCCAAUGCCACCGCUGGGAUCUUCUGCUCAUACCCUGCGGACCACCUGAGCGUGUGGGGUGGCAUCGUGGAUCAGGUGGUUGCCACUGCUCUUCUGCUCAUCUGCUGCCUGGCCGUUGAGGAUCGCAGACAGGGGCUGCUCCCUGACGGACUUGCGCCUGUCCUGGUGGGAGCACUGAUCCUCACCAUCGGCCUGUCGAUGGGCUCCAACUGCGGCUUCCCCCUCAAUCCAGCCAGGGACCUGGGGCCCCGGCUCUUUACGUUCAUCGCAGGCUGGGGGGAAGAAGUGUUCAAGGCUGGAGGUGGUUGGUGGUGGGUUCCCAUCGUGGCCCCCUUUGUGGGUGGGCUGCUCGGAACCCUCAUCUAUGAGCUACUCAUUGAAGUUCACCAUCAGCUCACGCCGCAGAGUCCAGGUCAAGAGUCUGAAGCAGUGGAGCUGGAGGAGGUGGUGGUGGACUCUGGAAACAACAGCGAAGUUGAGCAUGAGCCCUCGGAGCAGAGCGGCGGCCUCCAGCCCUUCGACAGAUGGAGAAGUGAAGGUGACGUCCACAAUGGACCAUGGAAGAAGACCGGGACCAGGACCAUCCCCCUUUUUCAUUCUUCAUCAUUGUUUUAG